GGGAGGAGAAAAAAAAAGCAUAAAGUGCUCUGGAGCUCUGUUGGAUUCGGAUUAAAGCACCGAGGCAGCAGAGUGUAUCAACCUUUCCACACUGGAGCAUUUCUAAAGAGGAUUGUUGUGCCAAUCUCGCAAAAAACGUCCACAUUGGAUGUACUAAACCUCUGGAGGAAGAAAGGCUGGUGCUGAUCUUUGCUGCGUGAAAACGCUCUGAGGAGAACCUGGACUGAUUAAUAGCAAAGAACAGCUGGAGAAACCUGCAGCCUUGUUCUACUUCAUCCACCAGCAACUUUAGAGGCUGAGACUUGAGGCUCAAAGAUGACCACCAUGCAAAAGCUGCUGCAGCUGCCGGUGAACGCGGUGAACAUCGUGAAGACGGUGCAGAGUCAGGUCCAAGGCCAGGAGGAGGACAAGAGCCCCGUGUUGACCCCAGAUAGCGCGCAGCACGGUUGGUACAGCGCCCUCCAGCCGGAUGAACUGCGGUACCUCCGAUCUGGAGGUACAGGUGGCGGAGGAGGAGGGGGUAGUGGAGGAGACCAAGAGGAGCGAGCCCAUCUGGAAGAAGGUGGUGGAGGUGGCGGCGGUGGCAGUUUUCAAACUCAGCCACUGCGACACGACGACUUGAAAGAGAUGCUGGACAGCAACAAAGACUCCCUGAAGCUGGAGGCAAUGAAGCGGAUCGUAGCUAUGAUCGCCCGCGGUAAAAAUGCAUCAGAUCUGUUCCCAGCUGUGGUAAAAAAUGUGGCCUGUAAAAACAUUGAGGUGAAGAAACUGGUCUAUGUUUAUUUGGUGCGAUAUGCAGAAGAACAGCAAGACCUCGCUCUGCUCUCUAUUUCCACAUUUCAGCGUGGCUUGAAGGAUCCAAACCAGCUGAUCAGAGCGAGCGCCCUGCGAGUCCUCUCCAGCAUACGAGUUACAAUCAUUGUCCCCAUAAUGAUGCUGGCCAUCAAGGAAGCUGCUUCAGAUAUGUCUCCGUACGUCAGGAAGACGGCUGCUCAUGCAAUCCCAAAACUGUACAGUUUGGAUCCUGAACAAAAAGACCAGCUGAUAGAAGUCAUUGAGAAACUCCUCGCAGACAAAACCACGCUGGUGGCAGGAAGUGUCGUCAUGGCUUUCGAGGAGGUGUGUCCAGAGCGCAUUGAUCUGAUCCACAAGAACUACAGGAAGUUGUGUAAUCUCCUGAUUGAUGUGGAGGAGUGGGGGCAGGUUGUCAUCAUCAACAUGUUGACCCGUUAUGCCAGGACCCAGUUUCUCAACCCAAACAUCAACGAGUCCCUGCUGGAGGACGGAUCUGGUGGGGAGAAGACCUUCUACGGCUCAGAUGAUGAUGAGGAUGAAGAUGGGGAAGAGAAACAGAAGAAGGCCGAGGCAGCUGCCAUGGCCAAAAGGAAGCCGUAUGUGAUGGAUCCAGACCACCGGCUGCUGCUGAGGAACACUAAGCCACUACUACAGAGCCGCAAUGCAGCUGUGGUGAUGGCUGUGGCUCAGCUGUAUUUCCACCUUGCACCUAAAGCAGAGGUUGGUGUGAUUGCCAAAGCCUUGGUUCGUCUCCUUCGAAGUCACAGUGAAGUCCAGUAUGUCGUCCUUCAGAAUGUGGCAACAAUGACGAUUAAAAGACGGGGCAUGUUUGAACCAUACUUGAAGAGCUUCUACAUCCGCUCCACAGACCCAACCCAAAUUAAAAUCCUGAAGCUGGAGGUUCUAACUAACCUGGCCAAUGAGACGAACAUUUCCACAAUUCUCAGAGAAUUUCAGACAUAUAUUAAAAGCAUGGAUAAAGAUUUUGUGGCAGCCACAAUCCAAGCCAUUGGCCGCUGUGCUACCAACAUUGGAGAAGUGAGGGAUACAUGUUUGAAUGGUCUGGUUCAGCUACUGUCCAACCGAGAUGAGUUGGUGGUUGCUGAGUCGGUGGUUGUCAUCAAAAAGCUGCUGCAGAUGCAACCAGAGAAACACAGUGACAUCAUCAAGCACAUGGCCAAACUAACAGACAACAUCCAGGUGCCGAUGGCACGGGCCAGCAUCCUUUGGCUGAUUGGGGAAUACUGUGAGCAUGUACCUAAGAUUGCCCCAGAUGUUCUGAGAAAGAUGGCCAAGUCGUUCACCAAUGAGGAGGACAUUGUCAAACUACAGAUCAUCAAUUUGGCAGCCAAGCUGUAUCUCACCAACUCUAAACAGACUAAACUGUUGACGCAAUAUGUUCUCAACUUGGCCAAAUAUGACCAGAACUAUGACAUCCGUGAUCGUGCUCGCUUCAUUCGCCAGCUCAUUGUACCCACAGAGAAGAGUGGAGCCCUCAGCAAGUACGCUAAAAAACUGUUCCUCGCUCUCAAACCGGCACCUGUCCUCGAGUCUCCAUUUAAAGAUCGAGACCACUUCCAAUUGGGCUCAUUGUCCCACCUGCUGAAUGCCAAGGCUGGGGGCUACCAGGAGUUGCCUGACUGGCCUGAAUCCGCCCCUGACCCCUCCGUGCGCAACGUGGAGGUUUUUGCGCUGCUUGAAAGAGUCACAACAUUAACGAGUGUGCCUGAAUGGACCAAAUGCAGCAGCCGCGAGAAGAGGAAGGAGAAGAAAGUGGAGAAGCCUUUCUACUCUGACUCAGAGGGCGAGUCUGGGCCAACAGAGUCGGCUGAUAGUGAGUCAGACUCCAGCAGUCGCUCGGAAAGCGGCAGUGGGAGCGAGGAGAGCCGGUCUGGUUCGGAGAGCGAAGACAGUGAGGAAGGCUCUGAAUCGGAUGAUGAGGAAGAGGAUGAGGAGGAGAAGGAGAAGAAGAAAAAGAAAAAAGAGUUUAAAAAACCAGUGCAAGAAAGUAUGAGCGAACAGAGCAGUGAAGAAGAAGACAGGAAGCACGAGAGAAGGAGUAAACAGCGAAAGAGCAACUCAGAGUCUGAAUCUGAAGAAGAGGAGAGCGAGUCCGAAAGCAGCCAGUCAGAGUCUGGAGAGUCAGACUCUGAGACAGAGGUCAAAAAGAAAAAGAAGGUAGCUGAAUCUAAACCUCCCUCCAAACCUGUCAAGAAGGAUAACAAGAAAGAGAAAAAAGAAAUGUCUCUGCUUGACCUUGACGAUUUUGAACCUGCUCCUUCCCCUCAAGUCACACCUGUAAACACCUUCCUGUCCAACAGCCUUGUGACCGACCUGGAGGGAUUGUCUUUGUCUGACUCUGUCCUCUCCCCAGCAACGAUCGCUCCCUCCAGCACACUGAAGAGUUACGAGCUGCUGCACCGCAUCACGGGGGAGGGCCUGUCGGUGGAGUACUGCUUCAGCCGGCAGCCAUUCAGCCCCGACGCCAACAUGGUGGCUGUACAGAUGCAGUUCACAAACAACUCCACUUCUGACACCAAGAACCUGCACAUGGAGGAUGUGAAACUCCAGUCAGGGAUGAGGGUCAAAGAGUUCCCAGAGAUCGAGUUGCUGCCAGCAGGCGAGACGGCUACAGCAGUGAUGGGCAUCGAUUUCUGCGACUCAACGCAAGCAGCAAACUUCCAGCUGUGUACUCACACCAGGAAGUUCUUUGUGUCGAUCCAGCCUCCGGUCGGCGAGUUGAUGAGGCCCGUCUUCCUGACAGAAAAUGAGUUUAAAAAGGAACAAGGUCAGCUGAUGGGUAUGAAUGAGAUCACAGAGAAGCUAACUCUGGACGUCAAGUGUCGGAACGAACACGCCAUCGUCCAGAGAGUGACCACCGCUGCCCAUCUCAGCAGAGUCCCAUGUGGAUCGGACAAAGAGUGCAGUCCUCCUGUUCCUCCCCCUGAUCAUCCUAUCCACAGGUUUGCUGGCAGGACGGUGACCAGCGGCAGCUUGGUGCUGGUCACUGUCGCAACCAAAGAGGAAGGUGCCGCUCAGCUGACAGUCAACUGUGAGAAAAUGGUGAUCGGCACCAUGUUGGUGAAGGACAUCCUUCUUGCUCUAACACAGUGAUCAAGCUUUGAACUACGCCGCCUCACUCCAGCCGCCUCACUCCAGCCGCCUCACAGAUAUCGUCCUUAACUCGUCACUAUCCCGUUUCCUGUGUUCCCCUACAGGCCGUAUCAGAGGAAGCUUCCGGUGCUUUGUGUUAAAUAACCCAAAAUGUAGAAAUUAUUUCUAGAAAUAUGUCCUCCAUCUAUGAAGAGCUGAUGGUUCACUGAUCAUUUGUUAUCAGGAAUUUGAAGAUUAUUUUUUUUAAACAGUAAUUCGACUUAAAUGAUAAUAAUGAAGUUUCCCACCAGAGCUUGUGAUCUUUCUAAGUAUUUGCUCAGAUGUCACAGAGAUUGAAUGAACUAAAAUAUCCUCAAAUGACAUGCAAAAGAGUCUGUCACACUCUGUUAGGUUAUUAAACCAAAAGACGUUAAACUGUUAGGCUUCACAUGGAUUUCUCUUUAAUGUCAUGUCUGUCUAGAUUACAAAAACAUACAUACAUACAUACAUACAUUCCUGUGACUAAAAACACUUCUAACUUAUGUCACAUGAUAAAAAUUAAACCA